CAUAGACAAGCAGCAAGUGCAGCUUUAAUUGCAACCUCCGGUAUUUAGGAUAAACAGCAGGAACCGUGGAACCUCUGCCUGGGAAUGCCAACAGUGCUCUUCUUAUCAAGCUUACGCAAACCGCGGUGUUAGAUCCUAGAAGAAACAGGAUCUAGCAUCGCUAAGCAGUGCUGGCACAUUACCGCAAUGUAACGCCAGAGACAUAAGGAGGAUGUGUGUUCCAAAAUUUACUCCCGCAUUCUUCGGAAUUGUUCUCAUUCUGCUUCUGUGCCUUUCUUUGGAAUGUAACGUUGAAGGUAAAAGUAAAGGAAAGAGGGUAAGACCUGAGAGGCAAGGUAAAAGUAGACCCAAGAAGAUAAAACCUGACAAGCGUAAAUGUGAGGAAGUGACUGAAAAUGAGUCCAUUGGCAGAUUACGAUGCAAAAAGAAAAACUCUAUCUAUUUCAUCAACGUCACCAGCAGCGUCGACAGCUGCACGAACACCACCGACAACAGUUGUUCCGGCCUGCAGCCAAAGGUCAUCACCGACUCCAACUCCUGCUACUGGAAGAGAAGCUGCUUCAUCGCCUACAACCGACGUGCCCCAAUUGUCAAGACCUCCAACCAUAACUGUAUAGGGAAAUUCCCGAUGUCACUGUUCAUUCAAUACAGUUGUAUCAAGGAAGAUCUUAUUUUUAUUCUCCAUGACAACGGCACACGACAAACGAAAGAGCAUACAUCCGAGAAAGGUAUGCUUGUAAGUCACAGCGACUAUCCAUGGCACUAUCGGGGCGAUCUGAUCAUAACUCUCACUCUGAGAUCAACCUCCACUACGAAGAACAAGCUUUUUGUAACCGUACCCACCAUGGAUAUUGACGAGCCGGACGACAUCGCCAAUAUCACCGACUACACCUACAACGACAACGGAGAGAACGUCAACAUCAACGCCACAGGCAUGGGCAAGUCAGCAGUGAUCACGGGGAAAAUAGAUAAGGAUCACGCUGUGACAACAAUCAAGUUCUUCACAAACAAUGCCUCUGCAACAGCUCAGGGUUUCAUCGUGUGUUACUAUUGGACGGAGCCAGAACAAGACCUCUCGCAGGAAGAUAUUUGCAGCAAAUUGAAGAAAAAGAAAAGGCCAUCCAAACCUGGACGCACGAACCAACCUAAGAAGAAUCGUGGGAGAGGAAGAAGAAAGAAGGGGAAGAAGAGGGAGAAGAGGGAGAGAAAGACGCUGUGAACGUUGUUGGGUAGUUCUCGACUCGCCACUCGGAACUACACAUUGAAGGAGAAAUUACAAUAGUAUCAACGUCGCAUAAGAGGAAAGAGGAUGGAGAUGUCGUAUAUUUGUAAUUGUUUGUGAUAAUCUGUUCCCUUUACAAAUAAUAGCGCCUAGCAUAGCAUGCCAAAACAACAUGAAGACAAAUAAAGUGAUUAAACAGA